AUGUCAACAGAUGAUAUAACUGAUAAGAUUUUGGAUCUCAAUAAUAGUAGUAGCAAUACAUUAUCCUCAAUUUCUACUGGAAAUACAAUAAUCCCACCAAAACAGCGUAAAUUGUCUCAUUUGGUUUCUAAUUCACCAUCUCCUAAAUUAUAUCAUAAAUCUAUUGACGACGACAAUGAUACCAAUAAUAAUAAACGUAAGAAAUUAAAUACACCUACUGAUGAUGAGUUAAUAUCACAAGUAGAAUCAAUCCAACAAUUAGCUGAUAAAACUAUUGAUUCUGUUUUAUUUGAUUUACCCAUUAAUCAUUCAUUUGGUUAUUUAAAUUAUGAAUUCACUAAAUUAUGUAAAUAUAAACAUGUUGAACAAAGUAAAUUGAGUGAUUUAAUUUUUGAAAAAAUUAUCAAUGAUUUUGAAACAAACAUAAAACCUAGUAUAAUUGAUGGUUUCUUGGAAAAUAGCCAGGGUGAGGGUGAUAUUGAAGUCAUGAUACAAAUGGUUGAAAAUUUUCUAUUGAUAUUUGAUAAUUGGUAUAAUCGAUUGAUUAAAUUAAGUAAAAUAUUUGUUUAUUUGGAUAGACAUUAUCUUACACAACAUCGUACUAAACAUCCUAUAUUGAAAUUUGGAAUUGAUUUAUUUAUAAAUAAAGUAUUAGUAGAAGAUAAACAACUCACAGAUAAAGUGUUAAACACUCAUUUACAAUUACUUUGUAAAUGGAGAGAGCAAAUACAGUUUCAAGAAGAACAAGAUCCAAUUAAUUUGAAUGUGAAUGAUUUAAGUAUGAGAUUUACUAAACUAUUAGUUAAGUUACACACUCAAAGUUAUAAAUUUGCAUUUAAUGGACAAUUAUUAAGUUCUAUUAUUACCCAUUAUAACAUUUUGAAGAUAUCAUGGCUCAAAAAUGAUCCUACUACUUAUUUAUCUAAAGUUUUAGAAACAAUCAAUGAAAAUUUAAAAUAUUUCAAAUUGGUGGGUAAAAAUCUUGUAUUUAUAAAAGAAUUAUUUAUGAAACUUCGAUGGAAUUUAAUAUUUUAUGAUUUUAAUAAUUUAUUACCCCAAGUUUUACCAUCAUUGUUAGAAAAUCAACAAGAAUUGCAAAUUAUUUAUCAAUAUUGUUGUCAUAGUGUUGAAGAUUUUGGAUACGAUUCUCUUCUGAUAUUUAUAUAUCAAUGGGGGGUUUAUACCAAAUCAGCGUUUGAAUCUAUUGUUGGAGUCAAUAUCAAUACCAAGCCCGCAAAGUCAACCAAUAAUAAUGUUAUCGAACAAUUAGUGAACAAGUAUAAAGAGUUAAUACUUUUGAUAAAUACAAGUUUCCCUAAUGAUGAUAAAUUUGAAUUUGAAAUAAGAAAUUCUUUGAUAAAAACAAUUAAUAACACUUCCAGUAUAAAUUCAUUGGUGAUUUAUCAAUUAUGUAAGUAUUGUGAUAAUUUUUUCAAGGGGAAAACAAAUUUAUUAUAUUCAAUUUUUGAAGAAAAUGGUUUAAUUGUAUUUAAAUCGAUAAAUAAUAAACAUGAUUUCAUCAAUUUUUAUAAAAAAGAUCUAUCUAAACGAUUAUUAUUAUUGAAUCAAAAAUUCAAAUUUGAAAAUGAACAAAAAUUUAUCAAUAGUUUGAUAAAAGUUGUUGGUGAAAAUGAUGAUAUACUUAGUUUAACUAUAAUGUUUAAAGAUUUGACUGAUUCCAAAGAUAUUUAUAAAUUGUUAAUUACUGUGCCGACAACAAAUUGUGCCUUAUUGAACAAUUCAUUUGAAUUUAAUCCAUUGAUUUUAGAUAAAAAGCAAUGGCCAAAUAUCCCCAACAAUGAUGAUUUACAAGAGUUCAAAUUGCCAAUUGUAUUACAAGAUAUUUUAAUUGAAAUGACGAAACAAUAUCAAGCAUUGGAUGUAAAAUAUAAGAAUCGACAACUUGAUUGGAGUAAUUAUAAAUUACAUCAAGUGACAAUAUCUGCUCAAUUUGAACAAGGUGAGAAAGAAAUUACUGGGAACUUAUUGCAAAUAGUAUUGUUAUUAUUAUUCACUGAUGAUGAUGAUGAUGAUGGUGGGUAUACAAUUGAUCAAUUGAGUGGGAUGACAGGUAUAAAAAAUACCCAAUUCUUGAUUAGGAUUAUCAACUCAAUAACCAAUGAUAAAUAUAAUAUUUUGCAGUAUGAUGGUAAUAAAUAUCAUUAUAAUUUCAAUUUCAAAGAUAAAUCCACUAAGAUUAAAUUGCCAAUGAUCAAAGAAUUGUCAAGAUCAGAGCAACAACAACAGCAACAAACUAAAAGUAUGGAUGAAGAAGAAAAAGACAUUGGACUGAUUAAAUCCAUUGUUCAAACCAAUAGAGAUGAAGAAAUAAAAAGUUGUUUAAUCAAAAUAAUGAAACAAGAACGACAAUUAUCCAUUAUUGAAUUAUUGAAUAAAUCAAUAUCACAAUUACAAAAUCGACGUCCAGUAGCUAUGACAAAUUUAAAAACCAUUAUUGAUGAUUUAAUUGAAUUAGAAUAUUUAAAACGUGAUGAUAAUAAUAAAAAUAUAAUUAUAUAUAUUCCAUAG